CCAACCAGACUUCAGCACGGACACAGAGAAGAACACAUCGCUCCUCAAAUUUACCAACUUAUCCUCAACUCAUAGCUAAACAAAUUGGAGAAAGUUGGCCGUCUCAACUCUAAACAUCAUCGUCUCAACUAAUCCGCUCGCAUUUUCUGCAAAAAAACAAACCUUGUAAUUCAAGCAAAUUAUUUACUAACCAAGUAAUUUUCCAAGUUUGAGUAAAUGGAAAAAAAUUAGUAUCCAGUAACCGAUAUUUUUUCUGGCGUGUGUUUUUUUCAUGUCUGAAACUUAUCGCUCAGUUGUGAAAGUGUGUAGAAGAGAGAAAAUAAUCGACUUAGGAAGAAGACCGCACUGGACUCGGAACAACUUUGUUGGUACGUCUCGAAAAGAAUUCUAAAUUAGUUUUAGGACUCAUUUGGGAGAAAGUGAACAUUUUUAGAAUUUUGAAAAAAAUACAAUCACUUCAUCAAGUUAGACAGCAAAGUAUUGAUUAUCACGAAAAGAGACACGUUCAAGACAAACUUUUACAUUUUGGGGUAAAGUAGUACACACGAGUUACUUACUUACUUACUCUCUACACUGUUGAGCUUUUUUACCUACCUAAACAUACAUUGAGUGCAGUGGAGAAAGUCUCAAAGUUACGAGGGACACUUACUUUUUACCAAUGAUUAUCACCACCUCCAUAAGAAGAUGAGUGAUGAUGCCCUGAUCUCUACUAUCAAUACUGGAGCUGCUUAUCAACCCCGAAAAAGAUAAGAUCUCAUCUCAUCUCAUCCACACAUACUCUUUUACACUCUUUCGCAAAGCAAUCCUCGUUACAUAAAACUUUGCCAACUAUCAAAUUUCUUCUCCUCCAAUCAUCAUGAGUAUAUACAGCAGAACGGUGGUGAGGGGGUGCGGCCUGGUAGGUGGCGUCCUUCUCCUUCUCCUCCUCCUCUCCCCCACGAUGUCAUACCGCCUCCAAAGUCAACAACAACAAUCUCUCUCGUCAAAGUCCACCCAGCAACGGAAUCACUCUCAGCAGAAUCAUAACUAUAACGCGUCAUCUCGAUCAUCAAGUAUUGGAUCACCCUGGCCACCACGGAUCCCUUUGUGGGGGUUUCUUCCCUCCUCGUCAUCAUCAGCAUCAUCACCAUCGACCUCUUCUUCUUCUUAUUCUUCUUCCAAUCAUCAUCCAAAUAGUAUCAACCAUGCCGUCGCCGCCGCCAAUUCCCUAAACGCCAAACCCUCCAAGCGAGAGUCCUCCCCCUCUUCUCACAACAACAAAGGACUGAAUAAUGCAAAUCAUCUCAAGAGCAACAUGGUAGAUCCCCAUCACCAACGACCCCACCACUUCCCUUCGACCUUCGAUACCUUUGAGGACGACAAUGACGACGACGACAAUCUACUCUUUGACGAUGGCAGCAGCAUCAACGAUGACGAUGACGCCUGGCUCGUCAAUCUUAAACGGUCUUCAAACAACCUUGGCCAACAACGUUCGGGUGUGAAGAGGAACCGGAUCUAUGAUGUACCUCAAAUUGAAUGCCCCCCAGCGGAAGACGGCAUGGAAAGAUUUGCAUGUCCCACGCCUGAUAAAUUAGGUCGUUAUCCAUGUGUCGAUGAUCACGUCCUGUGCGAUGGCUUUGUCGAUUGUCCCGGUCGCGAGGAUGAGGACAGGCAAGCCUGCAUGUUUUACAAAACGACGAAGGCCCAUUUGGACGUGUUGGCAGACGCCUUACUAAGAUGGGCGAGAGGUCGGCGCUAAACGACACGAAACGAGGAAACAACCCAACCCAUCGACGACUAUACAUAGCUAAUCAAUAACAACUCAAUAUUUGUAAAUUUCCGACCCACCCAUAAGUACUCAUUAUCACUCAGAAUCGAUAACCAAUUUUCCUACAUAUUCCCCUCUCCCGUCAUAAAUACAUCCACCCACCCACCCAAAUUCAAUAAUGGCUCAAUCAGAGCACAAAAUAUAAAAUUGUCGUCGUUGACCAGACUGGGUCACUAACCAACCACCAGCUUCGUCUCACAUACAUACGCGUCUCUCAUGUCUCGCCAUCGUCAAAAAAUCUGGAUGGGCCGAGACGAGAAAAAUGACUGAAAACUAUUUAUCUCCCACGUGGAAAGAAAUUACCUCCCACACGUCCCCCCUCCAACACUCUCCUCAUUAAACAAUAUGUAUAUUAAGCAUACAAAACUAUUCAAUGAUGCAACUAAUUUGACAUGCGGGUAAAAGAAAAAUUUCUAAAGUUGACGGGAAAAGUUACACUUUUCGGCAUGAUGAACACAACGUGAUGAACUACUUAUACAUAAAAGGAUAGUUACAUAAGUGUAGAAUAUAUGUAAUGUUAAUUAAGUAGGUUAGGUGAUAACUAUUUCAGUUACAUACAUGUUAGUUGUAGGUAAAAGGAUACCAAUUAAUGGGGAAAAAUACAGGUAAUUGUAAUUUCUUGAUUUAUGUAUCUAACCGGCGAAAAUUUGGUUAUACAAUUUAAUAUUGUCAUGAUUAUUGGAUGUACAUACUGUUUUAGAACAGAGCUAGAUAGCUACCGUUAAUGGAUAGGUUAACCUGUUUGCAUAAAGUAAUAAGGGGGAGAGGACACUUUGAAGGGGGUGGUUUUUGAGCGUCUGUGUGUCAAUUUGCGGAUUUAGAACCUAUCUAUUUAGCUACAAAUAUGUAUAUACAUUCUAAAAAAUAGCCGUUUAUGAGAAAAAGAUAUGAGAUUUUUAAGUUUUAUAGCUUUACAAGUAUCAAAAAAUGGUAUACAUAGUGCGUGAUAGAUUACAUGGGGAAUUAGCAUAAUUUACGGUAGGAGCUACAUAAUAUGUAGAUUUUUAGGGGAAAUAAUCCCAGUAAGAAACACCACCACAGCAAAAAAAGCCUGCACAUUUGACUCACAUAAUCUCGUAAAUUUACUAUAAUUACAAAUGCACAGCACACACUGACUCAACUUAACUGUCCAUUUUUGCACUUCGAAUUUAAAAUUCUUAAAAUUUAAAUUUCGCAAAAACACUAUUUAAAAUUAGUUUAAAAAGAAGAACACACUCAAAACCGUCUCACUUAUUGAAUGCACUUAUUAACCUUAAAACUCUAAGAUGCACAAGCUAUUAAAUAAUUUUAGGAAAUUACUUACUCACUAAAAAUAUAGGAAGAAAAAAAUUGGCUUUUUACCAAAAUUAUUUUAUUACUUCUUUUUAUUAUCAGUUCAGAGGAAGUGAAAUAAGAAUCAAGUCAAUCGACAGACUGAAUUUUCGGAAUCAAAAAAUCAGUAAUCAUAUGAAAAAAACUACUUAAAACUUGUGUAAAUAUUUGUUGUCCAAUUGAUGAUUUAGCGGGUUAAUUAAUUAAUUAAGUAUACUUAAUUAAUUAUUAAUAUUAAUUACUGAAUUAGUCUUUAAUGAAGGAUCUUUUAUUAAAUAUUCAUCCUUCGAGCAAAACAUCAAGAAAACAAGCAAAAAUCACUGAGAUACAAUUUUAGGUACAAUUCAAAUUCUAUUUUAAAGUUGAGAUUUUUGCAUGGCAUGGCAUCCUGCAGUUUGUAGAAUUAAAUCAAAUAUUAUGAGGAUACACACGUAGCGAUUACUUCUUCUGUACAUAAAAGUUUUUUCCUUUCCUUUAAACAAAUGAGCAACAAAGUAUUAUAAAAAAGUGUGUAUAAUAUUCAGGGAAAAUCAGAUACUUUUCUGUGAGGAGAAAGUUUUGCGAAAAAUUGCGAAAAAAGGUGAGAUGCGAAUCUGAAUCUUACAGUGAAACAUUUUGGAACGAAAGGUGCUGCUGUUGCCGAAAGUAUAUACAUAAAAAUAUGUAAAUAAAUACAUAAAUAGUUGUUGGUCGAGAUUGAGAUUAACUAAUAAAAGUGAUCCAUCAAUUCAAUAUACCUCUCUGAUAGACUUUUCCCUAUUAAAAUUAGCCAUUAAAUUAAUUAAUAACCCAUCUACCUACUUAUCUAUCCAAAAACUACAAAUUAUCACAGGCUACUUUAUCCCCUCAUCUCCAAUUCCAUUUGCCAGUAAUUUGGAGAAAAUUAGAACUGAAUGGAUGGAGAUUCUUGAUUUAAAACGAUAUUUUAUAUCUCUCUCUCUCUUUAUCUCCUUGUCUCAAGUCAAAGUUUUUGAUUUUGACUCAAGAAAUGGGAAAUGAAACACUUAUUUUGUGAAAAGGGUAAAAAAUUUAUCAUUAAUUCUCUAACCCAAAAAAGAAAAAAGUAUUUAAUAUAUAUUCUCUCUCUUUCACUCGGUUUAAUAAUUGAUGUACAUACAUACGAAAAAGAUUUAUGUAUUGUUUUGCUUCUUCUUUCAAAUAUAAUAUUACACGACUGAUGGACAUUUAUUGGCCUAAGGUUAAAGAAUUACUACCUUUUACAUUUCCGAUAUUAAAAUAUUAGCUGUACUCUACUUCACCUUUUGAUACCGCUUUUCUGAAAUUUAUUAAAAUAUUUUAUUCAAUUCCAACGCAUAAGAGAAAAAAAUAUUUAAAAAUGUAAGUUUAGAUCAAUUUCUUCAGCUUUUAUCGUUGGUUGUGUGUCUGGUUCGAUAAGUUGGUUGGUAAGAUAAGUUUAAAAUCGGAGGAGGAAUAAGAAGAAAUUGGACCAUGAAAAAGAAUGUAUAGGAAAUUAUGUGUCUGCUGAAAAAAAAAUAAUUCGUCAAUGCAAGUGUGAUCCUUGUUUUGGUACAAAUGUCUACAAAAAGUUGAGAAUGAGGAGACAUAUGUACUCUCAAAAAUUGUCAUCUUUUUUGAACGUAUCUAUGUGCUAAAUCAUUUCAUACGGGUGGACAAUGUGCAGAAAAUUAAAUGUGAUUAUUACAAAAAAUUAAGUUUUAAAUAGGCUAACUCUACAUCUUAAAUAUGCUAAGCAAAAGCAAAAGCAAGGGAGAAAGGAGAGGUGAAAGAAUUACUAAAAAUAUAGCAACAAAUUACUUGAGAACAUUUCCUUUUCAAAUUCUGCGUCUCUUAUUUUUUCCUUAAUUUUCGCUAAUUCCCAAAUAGUUUUUUCGUUUAAUUGCCAGUCAUCAGUUAAUAAAAUUAGCUAAAUAUACAUGUACAAGGAACAUAUAUACAUCUAUAUAUUAUAUAAAAAUACUACUUGGAGGCUGAAUUGUGGUAACUAGAAGAUAUUUAAGUACUAGAAAACUCCGUAAAAAAGUUAAGAAUUUCAACUUUUAGAGAGAAGAGGGAACGAACGCAAAAAAAUAUACCUUCAACAAGACAUAUCAUCAUCAUCAAUUUCACCAUUACAGUUUUACUUACUGAGGAGAAGAUAAGCAAAAAAAACUACAUUUUACCCGAGGGCGUGGUGGUCUCAGCCAGUGAUAAUUAUUUACAGCAAGUAAAUUGCAGCAUACGCUUACUCACUACUUGAGUAGAAAAAAAUGUGAGGGAUGGUGGUCUGGUGGAGAAAGCGGCCGGUAGGAGAAAGUAAGUAAGAGAAAGUAUGCCAUCAUAAUCAUCAUCAUAUUAAAGAAAAAGGAAUAUUAUUAUUAUCGAUAAGGUAUGUAGGAAGGAUUCCAAUCCAAAAAAGUAUUUCAUUUUUAUAUCCUCUUCCGUUUCCUUUUUGGUCUCACUAAAAAAAUUAAUCUGACACGAUUUCGAUAACCGAAAACCACUCACUAAAAACUAAAGAUAAAAAAGAGCAGAAUGAUGACCGGUUUGGAAAUUUGGUGCGUUUUAAGAAAAGUUGGUGCAUAUUUAGUGGUGGUGGUCGUUUGGUUGGUGGGGGUGGUGGUGAUAGCUGAAAAAUAUUUAACAGAAAAAUAUACAAAUAGGUAAAUAUUGCGUUAUGUAUAUCUACUUUAGAUAUGUACUUAUCUACAUAUUUGCAUAGCGUAUGUAUGUAUGUAGCGUAUGUAAUGUUGUACCGUUAAUUAAUUAGUCGUGUGAUGGUUAAGUAUUAAUUAAAUACAUAGGUGAAAUUCUAUAGGAGUAAAUUACAGAUAUUGUGCAAUAGCAGUGUAUAAAUAUGGUAAAAAACUCAUCGAUUUGAUGUAGAAAAACGAGCCAGUAGGUUUUAUGAUUGCGUAUCUACAUACAUAUGUUAUUAAUCAAUUGUUGUAAAAGGUACACACUUACCAUCAUCAUGUAAUAAAAAAUGAGGAAGAAAUAUGAUGUUACUUACUUGACUUUAUUACAGGACUAUAUAUUUCUAAUCGUUGCGAUUUUGUUGAACGGGUUAUUUUUCGGUUAUUAUUUAGCAAUAGAAAUUAUUAGAUUAAAAUACAUGUCAUCAAUUUCAUGGUUUAUCGAUUGGUUUGAACCUCCCCCAGUAUAAUAAAAUAUCUACAUACUUACUUACAUAGCCACCAUCAGAUCCCUCCAACUCUCCCGUGUUAUUAUAAUCGUGCAUAUUUGUGUAUAUAUAAAAUUAAGGGUUAUAAUUAGUUAGACAUAGUUGAUGAUAGUAUAGCCGAUUUUUAUUUUCAAAUUCAAACAUAAGAGAUAAUAAAAAAAUGUUAAUAAUA